CCCACAACGUAUAAUAGGAUCGAUCAUAGCAGCAUUUAUUUAUUUUUUCUAUAUUUUGAAAUGAUAUUAUAUUUAAUAUAAGAAAAAAAAUCAAUUUAUUACAAAUUUAGCCGCUUUAUUGCCCCAUUUUGAAGAUACAACACAAUCUCGCUCUAAAAAUAUUAAUACUAAAGAUAAGCACCAAACAUGGCCAUCUCUCCCAACUGAAACCCGACCACUCUCAACCUCAACUUCCCAAUCUCAUAUCUCUAUGUCUUCAUCGUCACCAUCAUCACCGCCGAACGACCCCGUCUGCGGCACCGGCGGCAAUGGCUUCAUCGGCUCCUGGCUAGUCAAGACCCUCUUGGAAUGCGGCUACACUCGCCUCCACGUCUCCGUCUACCCUGGCUCCGACGCCUCCCACCUCUACGCCCUCCCCGGCGCCUCCUCCGCCGCCCUCACCGUCUUCUAGGCCGACAUCCUCGACGCCGGCGCCGUCGCCAGGGCUAUCGAGAAUUGCAAGGGCGUAUUCCACGUGGCGUCUCCCUGCACGUUGGAGGACCCUGAAGGCCCGCAGGCCGAGCUGGUCGUCCCCGCCGUCCAGGGGACGCUCAAUGUGCUGCAGGCCGCCCCCGUGUUCGGCGUGGGCGUGCGGCGCGUGGUUCUCACGUCCUCCAUCUCGGCUCUGGUCCCCAACUCCGGUUGGCCCUCCGAUAGUCUCGACUACUGCAAAUCCCGCCAGUGAUAUCGAAUCAUUUUAAAGACACUAGCAGAGAGAGCAGCAUGGGAUUUUGCAGAGAAGAAUGGAUUAGAUGUCGUAGCAAUCCAUCCAGCAACAUGUCUUGGACCUCUUCUACAGCCUGGUUUGAAUGCAAGUUGUGCUGACCCGCUCAACUUGCUACAGGGAUCGAAAGAUACACAAGAGUAUCACUGGUUAGGAGCUGUGCAUGUGAAAGAUGUCGCCAAGGCACAAAUUUUGCUGUUUGAGAUUCCUGCGGCUUCUGGAAGGUAUCUUUGCACCAACGGCAUCUACCAAUUUGGUGACUUUGUGGAUAGAAUCUCCAAACUAUUUCCCCAGUUUUCAGUUCACAGGUUUAGCGGAGAAACCCAACCAGGCCUAAAGGAUUGCAAGGAUGCUGCAAAGAGAUUAAUUGACCUGGGUCUGGUUUUCGUACCAGUUGAACAUGCUGUCCGGGACACAGUGGAGAGCCUCAAAGCUAGAGGAUUUUGGAAGCAAGAAGAAACAUCACAAUCUAGCUAGUUUGCACUCAGCAGUAACAAUGGGUGGAAAUGAAGUGUUGGUCAUAAUUAGUUUCUUAUUCCCUUUUUCCAUCAUUGCCUAUAACUUUUAUUUGUUUCAAAAGUUGAACAUUAUCUAUAUAUCCUUGGAACGGAGCAUCAUAUGUUUAUAAAAGUAAACCAUUC